AUAUCUGCCCUCUCUCUCUCUCUCUCUCUCUCUGGCUUUCUCAGCAGUCCUAUUUUCACACAGAAGAAGUCCUUGUCUUUGGGGAUCAUGACAGCAAAGGGGUGUUACCAAAGAAUGAUAUUAAAGCGGGUGUAACCAGAGGCCGUAUGUACAGUGUUCUCGGAUCAAGCUCUCUCUGGUGUUAGUAGAAGAAAUAACAGCAGCUGGUGUUGCUUCACUUCACAGUAACCUGCGUUUUUUGGAUUAAUUCAAGUUUCGAGGCAUUUUGCUGUUUAGAAGUAACUUACAAGAAGACUAUGUGAGGGGAGAGGCAUCGGCAGCAAUAAGAAGAGGAGAAGCUGAAGGGAGAGAGAGCGUGGAGGAGGGGAGGAAGACAGAAAGAGGUCUUCAUCUAUCUCAGCUACAGACGCCAAAGGACGAGACAGAGGAGACAGCCAUCGCCAGAAAAGAGGUCUUUCAAGAAGGCUGCUGCUGACAAGGACGUACAAGUGAACAAAGAAACUGUGGAUCACAACUCUUUAUAAAUGGCACAAAGGAUGUUUCAUGAAAGUGGGGGAGAUGGCCGAUCAGUUCUGGGAAUGUUGGCGGUGCAGGUAGAGCGAGACCCCAAGACUGGCGCCACCGUCGUCAGGUCAGUGUCCCCUGUGUCUGCACCGGCUGGCGUUCCAAAGGCCACCGCCAUCUUCGAUGACGGCAGGAAGAGCAUCCACGCUGUCGGCGGGCCGGUAGGUCAACCCUCGCCCGAAGAGCUCGGUCAGAUCUUGAACGUCAUCGAUGGCGUUGGAAUCAAAGUGCUGCUAGACGAGGUCAGGGUCGUGCCAAACACGGAAGAGAUUAAGUCAGACGCUGUAGAAGACUACGGCGAUGCAGAGGAAAAAGUCCCGUCUUUUGCUGACAUGUCAGAGGAGGAUGACGGGGAUAACGAGCAGUCAGGCAGCUCUAUCAGCGACCACGAGGAAGCUGAGCUGAUGAUAGAGAAGAGUGCUGUAGAGGAGGGAAACACAGAUGAUGAAACCUUGAUGGUGGUUCAAGCUGAUGCAGAAAGAGUAGAUCACAUAGAAGAUGAAAGGUUGGAGGAAGGCCCGGUCACACUCAUGUUCCUGGGAUACACCGAUGCUACAAACAGCCAAGAGGACCAGGAAGGCGAGAUCACUGUGGAACGAGUCAUCAUCACUGAGGACGGAGAGGAACACGUUAUAGGACCUGAAACAUCUGCUCCACUUCAGUCACCAUUAGACCAGGUAGAAGAGCAAGGUGCCAGGAAAGAAGACAAAGUGCUUCACGACAUUCCACUAGAUGAAAACGGAGCUGGAGUUAAAGUCCAGGCAGAGGAGGGUGAUGCCAAGCUGGAUAUUUCCUCUUCUCCUAGUAAAACAGAUGGAGACGAUACACCCAAACGCAAGACCUGUCAGUGUUGUUCUGUCAUGUAAGAAAUGAUCAAAGAGAGACACUCACAGCUUUAAUUACAGCAUUUGUUAUAUUUGUACACCAGUGUUUUCUGUUAGAUUAUAUUGCUGCCUUCAUGAGUGUUUUAGAGCAUCCUAUUGUCACAUGCUGAGGCCUUACAGUGGGGAUGAGCUCCCACCACUUCACUCAACCAAAGAAAGAGACAUUUCCUCUGUUGUGGGUCUUUCACAGCAGCUGGAACUGACAGCAGCUCUGACAGACUAUGAAAAUCCACCACUUCCCCCUGGUGGAUGAAGAGGAGAAUUUCAACAUACCCCUCCACAGGCAUCUAAAAUGACUUCUCUGGUUUUCCGCCUUGAGACUGCAAGUUUAGCACUGACAACACAAAAAAGGCAAAUUGCAAAAAAAGAGAAGCUUAUAUGUCAGCUUUCAGCAAUGAAUAUUUUAACAGUCAUGGUGAGAUUCAAUUUUAUGUUCAUUUAAAAGUUUACACCAAAAAUCAGAGACAUUUGUGACAUCUUUUGAUAUUUAACUCUUAUCUAAUAAUACUAAAGUCGGCACUUACCAUUGAGGACAACAACGACGUUUCAAAGAGCUCUGGGGCUUAAUUUACUGAGGAGGAGUCUGUGUCUGCAAUUAAACCUAAACUUUUCCUGUUGCGUUUCUUAACCCGGGCUUAGAUAUAUUAAAAUGUCAAAAUUUUUAAACUAAUAGAUAUUUUUGGAAAUACUUGUAUUUGCUUUCUUAAGAGAAUUAAGUGAGUGACAUAGCUUAAAAAAUAUAUACAUAAAACAUUAUAUUUCUGUCAAAUAUUGAGGAUUAUUGAGAAUUUUAAUGGGCUAUUUUUAAUAAAGACGAUGAAAAGCUGUU